AGUGACGGCAGAGACAGAGAAGUGGGUGGGCUGGCCCAUGGCUGAGGCCUUGCUCCCAGAGCCGAGGGGAGAUACCGAAGCCACUCCUUGCCCCAGCGUUGUGGAACUGGAGGAGCUCCUGAGGGAGGGGGAAAUUUCUUCUUGCAACCGGGUGGAUGAAGUUUGGCCCAACCUUUACAUAGGAGAUGCGGCCACAGCAAAUAACCGCUUUGAGCUAUGGAAGCUGGGCAUCACCCACGUGCUGAACGCCGCCCACGGGGGCCUCUACUGUCAGGGCGGCCCUGACUUCUACGGCAGCAGUGUGAGCUAUCUGGGAGUGCCAGCCCACGACCUCCCUGAUUUUGACAUCAGUGCCUACUUCUCCUCUGCAGCUGACUUCAUCCACCGUGGCCUCAGCACACCCGGGGCCAAGGUCCUGGUGCACUGUGUGGUAGGUGUGAGCCGCUCCGCCACACUGGUCCUGGCCUACCUCAUGCUGCACCAGCAGAUGUCCCUGCGCCAGGCAGUGAUCACCGUGAGGCAGCACCGCUGGGUCUUCCCCAACCGAGGCUUCCUUCACCAGCUCUGCCAGCUGGACCAGAGGCUGCGGGGUGCAGGCCGGAGCUGAGGAGCCAGAGCUGGUCCUUACUCCCUGCCACAGGGCUCUGCCACUUUGCCACCCUGCUGGCCCUGUUGGUGUUUCUGAAGGCUCUGGCCCAGGUGGACACCGAGAAGAUGGAAAGAGCCCAGUGUGGGGUCCGUCCUAGAGCCUGCUACUCCAUCCGAUUCCUCCAGCUGCCUGCGCUCCCUCUCAGCCACUGUCUUCAGUCCCCACAGAAACAGCAUCAAGUGUGCAGAGACAAGCGGCUGGAAGUCAGCAGCACACCGUGCCUGUCAGAGAAGACCACAGCCAGGGCCAGAUACCCCCACAGGAUGGACUCCCUGCAAAAGCAGGACCUCCGGAGGCCCAAGAUCCACGGAACAGUCCCAGUGUCCCCCUACCAGCCACCGACGCUGUCCUCACUACAGCGCUUGCUGUGGGUCCGUCGGGCCCCCAUGCUGAGCCACGUCAAUGAGGUCUGGCCCAACCUCUUCCUGGGAGACGCGUACACAGCCCGGGACAAGAGUAAGCUGACCCAGCUGGGCAUCACCCACGUUGUGAAUGUUGCCGCAGGCAAGUUUCAAGUGGACACAGGUGCCAAGUUCUACCACGGAAUGCCCUUGGAGUACUAUGGCAUCGAGGCCGAUGACAACCCCUUCUUUGACCUCAGUGUCUACUUUCUACCCGUUGCUCGAUACAUCCGGAGUGCCCUCAGUGUUCCUCAAGGCCGCGUGCUGGUACACUGCGCCAUGGGGGUGAGCCGCUCCGCCACGGUCGUCCUGGCCUUCCUCAUGAUCUACGAGAACAUGACCCUGGUGGAGGCCAUCCAGAGGGUGCAGGCCCACCGUGACAUCUGCCCCAACUCGGGUUUCCUCCGGCAGCUCCAGGUUCUGGACAACCGACUUGGGCGGGAGACGGGGCGACUCUGACCUGGCGGACAGCCAGGAGCCCUGACUCUCCGGCCAGCGUGGCCCAACUCAGCAGCCUGGCCCUGGGGACAGCAGCCUCUGCUGUUUCCAGUGACCUUGAGAUGAACGUUGCAAGUGAGGGCUUAGCUGAGGCAGAGACAGGGAGAGCUGGGUGGUAACCUUUAGCAGAUGGGUAUUUCUGACCCAGUCCAGAGAUUCUUUAUGCAAAAGAGUUCAGUCUGUCUCUAUAAUAAAAAGUUCAUCAUAAUAAAGAC